UUUUUUAUUCACACACCAAGCUCAGGUCUUUACUGCUAACUCUCAUGUAAUCUCUUGUAGAAACUUGUGGGUAAAGCAGAGUAUCUUAUGUAUGCACUGGUAUUUAUAGUAAGUUAUUCAUGGAUCUGGACUAUGCAAGAGGCAAGGAUCACUUUUCAAUACAUCACCCAUAGCCUUAACACAGGCUGCAAGAACGUUUCUGAUUCGAACAUGGAAGAAAGCACCUGAUGUCUCUGGCAAACAGAAGAAUCUACGAAUUUAAAAGUCUGGCAUAGAACUGCCAUUUAGUCCCAUCUGGUUUUGUGAUCUAAAACAUGUGGUUUUAACAUGUAUGAUAUUACAAAUACAAAUGAUGAUGCUGAUGAUGACAUACCUACUCAGUAUGUCAUUCAACAAAGCUUGCAGGACAUUCACAAGAGCAAGACAGUGAAUACAGAAAAUUGUGAUAGCUUUGGUUUUGCUACAAGUGAAAAUCACAAGGCAAUAAUUGCUGCCGUUCGGACAGGUCAAGAAGAGACUCUGCUCAGCCUGAUAAGGAAUGCCUCUGCUUUUCGGGAAGUAGACGGAGAAGGCUGCCUUCCUUUGCAUGAAGCCGCAGCACAACCAAAUAGGCAUAUUCUAGAAAUAACUCUUAAAGCUUCUCACCCCGUUGUGUGGCAGCAAAGAAAUCUGAAGGGAGAAACUCCUCUGUUUUUAGCAGUAGAGAAAUGCCUUGUAAAAAAUGUACAUUUUCUACUUCUCAAUGAUUUUAAUCCUGAUGUUAAAAAUGAAGAAGGAGAUUCUGCCUUAAUCACUGCUGUUAAACAUAAAUCUUACGAAAUUGCUUCGUUACUGAUACAAUUUGGUGCUGAUGUCAACUUACAGUGUAUCAAUAAGAGAACAGCUUUACACGAGGCAGCAAGGCUCGGCUUAAAAGACAUGGUGGAGCUUCUGCUCUGUUCAAAGGCAGAUCCAGACCCACGGAGUUCCUAUGGGCUCACACCUUUAGCCCUGGCAGCACAGAAUGGGCAUACUGACAUUCUGAAAAUAUUACUGCGUAAAGGUGCGAAUGUUCUUUCCCAGGCAUCGGAUUGUGCAUCCGUAUUAUUUGAGGCUGCUGGAGGAGGAAAUCCAGACUGUGUCAAUCUCCUUCUGGAGUAUGGAGCUGAUGCCAAUGUACCAAAGCAUUCGGGUCAUUUGCCUAUCCACAGAGCUGCUUAUAGGGGACACUUCUUAGCUCUGCAGAUCUUGGUUCCAGUAACAGAUCUUUCUGACAUAAAGGAAAGUGGGAUCAGUCCACUUCACUCUGCAGCAGCAGGAGGGCAUCCUCAGUGCCUUGAAUUCCUUCUAAAAUCUGGUUUUGAUGUCAAUUUUAUGUUGCAUCAGAGAAUUCGCAAAGGCUAUGAUGAUGAGAGGAAGUCAGCCUUGUAUUUUGCUGUCUCUAAUGGCGAUAUUACUUCAGUUCAGCUGCUCCUGAAAGCUGGAGCCCUACCAAACCAAGACCCAGUGAACUGUCUCCAGUUGGCCUUGCGGAUGGCCAACUAUGAGCUCAUUAGCCUCCUCCUUCGUCACGGAGCAAAUGUGAACUACUUCUGCAGGGUUAACACAACCCAUUUCCCAUCAGCUCUGCAGUAUACACUGAAAGAUGAAGUCAUGCUAAGGAUGUUGCUGAAUUAUGGGUACGAUGUUCACCGCUGCUUUGACUGUCUUCAUGGAGACAAUGUACAUUCCCAGUACAUGUUUGAGGGGUGGACCUCAACUGUUAUCAAAGACACAAUGUUCUGUGAAGUUAUAACUGUAACAUGGCUAAGACACCUCUCUGGGACAGUAGUGCGCGUGAUGCUAGAUUAUGUUGAUCAUAUCCGAAUCUGCUGUAAGCUUCAAGAUGUCCUUCAAGAACAAACACUGUGGCCAGAAAUUCAUGCAAUUUUGACAAACACCCGCUCUUUAAAACAUCUUUGCCGCCUGAGAAUCAGAAAAUGUUUAGGCCGCUUACGUCUACGUUGUCCCGUCUUCUUUACCUUUCUACCACUUCCAAACCGUUUGAAAGACUAUAUACUCUAUAAGGAGUAUGAUCUCUAUGGACAAGGAAUUCUGGAAGGGAUCUACUAAUUCAGAUGUACAACACUGUGUCUUAUGCAAAUACACGUUUCAGCUUAUGCAAGUUUUAGAAAAAAAGGUAUGUAGAAUAAAACAAGCAAAAUGAA